GGUCGCCAUGCAGACCUGCAGCCCAGUCCAGGUGGUCCAGAAGAAGUCAGAACCCAUCAGGAUCCAGAUCCAGGUUCCCCCCAAGCCAGAAGUGAAGCCCAGCACCGCCCCCCAGCAGAAGAGCGUAGCUGUCAAUCAUCCGCAGGUGAAGCUGUCGGCCAAUGGCAGCGUGAGCAGCGCUCAGAUCAUCCACAUCCAGCCUGCGGUGGGUCAGCAGGGUCAGCAGUUCUUCCUGCAGCAGGGCCCGGGGGAGACCCCCAUCCAGCUGCUGCUGCAGAGCCCCGUCCCCGUCGUUGGAUCUCUGCUCCCGUUGGUCCACAAGCUCACGGGCCAGACGACAUCAGCAGGCAACGGCGCCAGUCCGGCUCAGAAAACUGCCAUGUCCCCCAUCAGAGUCCAGGCCCCCCCCAUCGUCAAGACCCCGCCCACCUCUGUUGCUAAAACUGCUAGCGUCCCGCUAAUAAAGGCCCCUACUAACGGCACGACAGCAGCCCCCAGUAAGAGCCCCGUUAAACCACCUGCAGUCCUCACGGCGUCCCAGUACAGGCCGCCACACCUGCUGCUGCCCGGCCCGCCGCAGUAG